AUGGUGAAGUACAUUUGCAAUGGAUGCUCAGUUAAAUUAGACGGGGUUGAGAUGUUGAAACAUUUAUCAGUCCUUAGACAUCGAAGUAUUGGACGUGUUAAACCUAAAGAGGCUGUAAAAUGUGAAAAAUGUCAAGAUGAUAAUAUUCAUAAGUUGACUGUUUCAAGAAUUGGUGGUGAAAAACUUUUAUUGAUUUGUAAAAGUUGUGUUGUUAGGCAAAAAUUAAAACCUACUACUCAAGAUUCUUUACAAAAUGGGUUAUUCUUUAACAACUUGGAAACCUAUUUCAAAAUUAAUGAUUUAUGUUGUAAAUCAUGUCAAAAGAAGACUGAUCUUGAAGUUGAUGCUUCUGAUACAAAGUUCGUUUAUUGUGGUGAUUGUAUCAAUAGAGAAGGGUUACGCGGCAAAACGAUUGUUAAGAAGGAGAGUGAUGAUUUCGUUUAUCAUAUGUUGGGUAUGAUGCAUAUGCUCACUUUAGAUAAAGAUGGUUCUAAAGGUGGAAGACAUGGUGAUAACAAUUCUGGUUCAAGAGGUAAAAAGUCCAAGCCUAAGUCCAAGUCCAAAUCUAAUGUUGAUUAUGAAGAAUUUGAACAUUCCUCAAAAUUUAAAAGUAUUGGUCCAAAGCUCUCUUAUGAUUCACUAGAAACGUAUUACAAAGAAAUGUGUUAUCAUCUUUAUUUAGAAGAAACAAUUGAAACUGGUUCAAUUACUGAAUUUUCAUCAGAAUGGAGUCUUGAUACCAUGAAUCAAGUAUUUAUUAAACUUCCAUACACUGAUAAAAUUAAAGAACUUAUUCCAUUCAAGUUUAGACACUUACGUGCAACGCCAUUCAGUAAUAAUCAAUCAUUUUUUGUCACCACAGAGUUUGGUACAGAUACAAAAAUAUGGGAAGUUUUUGUUGAAGAAUUGACGGGCGGUGCGAAUGCACCCAUAAUUACAAUGACUUUUAAUUUACAUGGUUGGAAUGAUGCUGAUGAACUUAGAAGUGGAUCAAAUUUGAAAUCAAUUAUACCAUGUUCUGCCCCAAUUUCAAGGAUUUUGAACUCAAUGAAACCUUUAUCAGAUUCAAUGAAUUUUCUUUUAAAUCCAAUGAAAUUUCUUUCAAAUCCAAUAAAUCAUUUUUCAAAUCCCAAUUUCAUUAAAUUAUUACUAGGUAAUAAACAAAUUAAUCAAAUCAGAUCAGAAAAUUGUAAGUUGAACUAUACAAAGUCAACUUUAAAUGGUUCACAGAAAGAUGCAAUUAAUCAUGUUUUGGAUAAUGAUAUAACUAUUAUUCAAGGUCCCCCAGGCACAGGUAAAACAUCAACAAUUCAUGAAAUUAUCUUACAAUUGAUGAAGAAUGGUACAACUCCAAUUUUGGUUGUUGCAGCUUCAAAUAUUGCAAUUGAUAACAUUGCUGAAAAUUGA